AUGAGACGUUUUAGCUCGACUAACUUGCCAGCUCUCAAUCUUCUCAAAGAUGGAAUAAGAACUGAAGACGGCAAGGUUUCUUUUAAAAAGCUAUCGUUGUCAGUGAGACAAGCUUUUCGAAGAAAUACUGCAGGAGAGCUGAACAUGCUGAGAGUACCAGGAACAGAUGAUGGGAGCUCAAGCUACGGAACAUCAAGGCGAGGCAGCAUUAUGCCCGGCUUUGGUAGAUUUGGACUCGCAAAAAAGCCCAAAACGACCUACGAGCCGACAUACAAAAUGGACUCAGACGACAAGCCCGACAUUGCUUCAAUGAAAUUGAUUCUUGAAGAGACUGUUCUUCAAUGCUCUGAGAAAAUAACCUGGCCAGAAUUUCACAAGACAAAGGCGCUCUUGCGACUCAACAAUCUUCUUCACAGAAAAAUUAAAGCGAUGAUGCCAAAACGAUACAGAUUUGUCCUCCAAAUCAUGGCUUUUGAGCCAGAUCAGCAAGAUGCGAAGCUGUCCAGCUCAUUUCUUUGGAAUGGGGAACACGAUACAUAUUUGACAUAUAAAUUUGAAAAAAAAAGAGAAGGACUUGACAUUGAAAAUGAUCUCCAGCUACAUCAGCAAAGUGACGAAAGCAGAAGACGAAAAGAAAAGAAAGGGGCUCAAAUUGUCUGGGAAAAAUUUUCGAAAAGCAGGGUGCCGCCGAUUUGCGUCGCUCUUCAGAGGGGAAUUCCCGACGAAAAGAAAAUGUUCUUUCGUCGGACAAUCGUCAUCCGCUACGUCCUCAACCACAUCGCCCUUUUCGUCAUCGCCUUCUUGUCCGUCAUCAUCUCGCUAGAACUCACUCUCGCUGCCUCUCAGAACAUUACUUUUCAUGACAUCAUGAAGGACACAGGCUCCUGGUUCUCAAAAUUCUUCUUGGAGCAUCUUGAUGAUCACAUGUUUAUCUUCCUCGAUUCAAUCGCAAUUCUGCUGAUCGCUGUUGUUUUCUCCAGGAUGCGCAACAUUUCAUUUUCUGCUGCUUUCGAGCGUUUGAGAUCGUUCUAG